AUGGCCGACUCAGGAGAUAAAAGCAGCGCCAGCACUAUCACCGUCGCCGACGUGCGACCUAAGAGAUCAGGCAAGCUCCGCCAGACGUGCGACCCGUGCAGCGAAGCCAAAGUCAAGUGCGACAAAGGGAACCCGCGCUGCGGCCGCUGCGACAGGCUGUCGUAUGACUGUGUCUACAGUCCCGCAAGACGCAUCGGCAGGCCGCGUCCGCGGUCCCGGCGCUCCCCAGAGCAUGACGGUGGGGCAUGUCCAGCCCCCGAGACUUCCUGUCGACAUACUCGCGAAGACGCCUCCGUGACGACUGAUGAAGCAACCAGCAAGAAAUGUCCGACACCAGCGUCAGCUCAACCGCCUUCGGCUUCAGGCCAGCCUGCUCGACAACAGACACCAACGUCGCGGCAUAUGAGCCUAGACUUUGACGAGCCCUUGCCAGACAGCCUCUUCAACGACAGCCACUGGGGCGUACCCAUCAGUACCAGUGCUGGCACCAGCGUCGGCUCCGGUUGUAACGACAGAUGCAGCACCAGGAGCAGUACCAGAAGCAGUGCGAGGGGCAGCACACGAAGCACCGAUAUCCAUCACAACGCUAGCACAAGCAUUGGAGGCCUCAUUAGUAUCGGCCGCGAAUUUAACUCUACACCAAAUAUGGACGAAGGACGACGCAACCCUUACGAAUACGACUGCGCGACCGUGGCUGUCGCUACUCUCGGCGCUCUCGCAGCAACAGGGCUCGACGGCCAGACAACGGCGGCCGCCGAGGUCCUCGCCGACCAGAUACCUCAUGCAUGUCGACAGGCCGCACGAAUAUUGGUUUGCCCGUGCUCGGCCGACAUGGAUAGAGCGCUGCUGGCGGCAUCACUCGCAGCCGCGAUUCUCGAUGUUGCUGAUACCGCCCUGCGUGCCCUCAAGCCGCCGGGGCGGGCGCUUGAAGACGAGCAGCACACGGUGCUGGCGCUCGGUACCAUCCCAAACAUCUCCCGCGUGGUCACCCUCUUCACACACCGAUACAGCGCUACGCAGGUUGGUCGGCCGCCAGAGGCUCUUUCAUUGCUUGCCGCUUCGUUGAGGACCACGCUAAAGACUAUGGCUGAGGACACGACGAAUCGAUUCCUUGAAGGCGGUACCACUUCUUCCUCUCAUCAAGGGGGCAACUAG